AUGUGGGUUGCACAUGAGAAGCCACACGAGAAGCCACACGAGAAGCCUUACAAGUAUAAGUCUCCACCACCUCCACCGGUGCAUUAUCAUCAUCCGCCUUACAAGUCUCCUCCUCCUCCUCCUCCCCCGGUUUAUAAGUACAAGUCUCCCCCACCUCCACCAAAGCACCCAUAUAAAUAUAAAUCUCCUCCACCACCCCCAACUCUAGUUUACAAGUACAAAUCACCACCACUACCUCCAGUGCACUAUCCUCCACCACCUUACAAAUAUAAGUCCCCACCACCACCACCACCCAAGCAUCCUUAUAAGUACAAGUCUCCACCACCGUCGCCAUUACCACCCAAACAUCCUUAUAAGUACAAGUCUCCACCACCACCACCAUCACCACCUAAACAUCCUUAUAAGUACAAGUCUCCACCCCCGCCACCUCCAGUUUACAAGUAUAAGUCUCCACCAUCCCCGGUGCACUAUCCUCCACCCCCUUACAAGUACAAGUCUCCACCACCACCACCAUCACCACCUAAACAUCCUUAUAAGUACGAGUCUCCACCCCCGCCACCUCCAGUAUACAAGUCUCCACCACCUCCGGUGUACUAUCCUCCACCCCUUUACAAGUACAAGUCCCCACCACCUCCACCACCAUCACCACCCAAGCAUCCUUACGAGUACAAGUCUCCACCACCGCCUGUACACUCCCCUCCACCACCAUCACCCCAUUAUGUCUACUCUUCACCCCCUCCUCCUCACCACUACUAAGCUACGGCUUUGACACUAAGGAGAAGAGUGAUUCAAAUAAAGAAACAAAAGAUGGUUUGA